GUGAGAGGAUCCUGGGCUAUGCGGAGGAGCCUUGCUACCUGUGGUUCGUCAUGGAGUUCUGCGAAGGAGGAGACCUCAACCAGUACGUGCUCUCGCGAAGACCUGACCCAGCGACAAACAAGAGCUUCAUGCUGCAGCUGACCAGCGCCAUUGCCUUCCUGCACAAGAACCAUAUUGUCCACCGAGACCUGAAACCAGACAACAUCCUGAUAACCGAGAAGUCUGGCACCCCUGUUCUCAAAGUGGCCGACUUCGGGCUGAGUAAGGUCUGCGCUGGCCUGACUGCUCGGGGCAAGGAGGGUGGGCAUGAGAACAAAAAUGUGAAUGUGAACAAGUACUGGCUGUCUUCGGCUUGCGGCUCCGAUUUCUACAUGGCGCCCGAGGUUUGGGAGGGACACUACACUGCCAAGGCUGACAUCUUCGCCCUCGGCAUCAUCAUCUGGGCCAUGAUUGAGAGGAUAACUUUCAUCGAUGCGGAGACCAAGAAGGAGCUGCUAGGGACUUAUAUCAAGCAGGGGACCGAGAUUGUGCCCGUUGGGGAAGCGCUGCUAGAAAACCCAAAGAUGGAGCUGCACAUCCCUCAGAAACGCAGGACUUCCAUGUCUGAGGGGAUCAAGCAGCUCUUGAAAGACAUGUUGGCUGCUAACCCGCAGGAUCGACCUGAUGCCUUUGAGCUUGAAACCAGAAUGGACCAGGUUACAUGUGCUGCUUAA